AUGAGCACCUCCCUUGCUGCACUGCAGGACCGCCUCCAGAGCGCGUCGGCAGACUUCCAGAAGAUCCAGAAUGACAUGGCCACCGCCGUAGAUGCCCGCCAGCGCCUCGAGGCCCAGCAGUCCGAGAACGAGCUCGUCAAAAAGGCUUGUCCGCCGUGCACGAUCCGCACGACCCGCCCGCUCACCGCUUUGUCUGUGCAGGAAUUCGCCACGCUGACUGACAGGAAUACGGUGUACAAGCUCGUCGGGCCCGUCCUUGUGCAGCAGGACCAAGCCGAGGCGAAGGCGAACGUCGACAAGCGACUGGAGUUCAUUCAGAGUGAAAUUAAACGGAUAGAAGGUCAGAUCAAGGACUAUGAGGAGAAAGCAGACAAGAAGAAACUUGAGCUCGUUGAGAUCCAGGGAGCGCUGCAACAACAGCUGAAGACGCAGGCUCCGCCGACCGCCGUUGCUGCAUGA